AUGUACAUCAAGUCAAUUGUUCUUGAAGGAUUUAAAUCCUAUGCUCAGAGGACGGAGGUUCCUGACUUUGACCCAUUAUUCAAUGCCAUUACUGGCUUGAAUGGUAGUGGAAAGUCCAAUAUCUUGGACUCAAUCUGUUUCUUGUUGGGAAUCACCAAUCUGUCACAGGUGCGAGCUUCCAACUUACAAGACCUAGUUUAUAAAAAUGGGCAAGCUGGAAUUACUAAAGCAACUGUGUCUGUUACCUUUGAUAACUCUGACAAGAAACUAAGUCCACUGGGGUUUGAAGCUAAUGAUGAGAUCACCAUCACUAGGCAGGUUGUCAUUGGAGGUAGAAAUAAGUAUCUUAUCAAUGGUGUGAAUGCUACCAACACUCGCGUGCAGGAUCUCUUCUGCUCCAUUGGACUCAAUGUCAAUAACCCUCACUUCCUCAUUAUGCAGGGGCGAAUUACAAAAGUUCUAAAUAUGAAGCCACCAGAGAUUUUAGCUAUGAUUGAAGAAGCAGCUGGUACUAGGAUGUAUGAAUGCAAGAAAAUAGCUGUUCAGAAAACCAUAGAGAAGAAGGAAGCCAAACUGAAAGACAUUCAAACGGUCUUAAAUGAGGAGAUCACCCCAACUUUACAGAAAUUGAAAGAGGAACGAGCAUCCUAUCUAGAAUACCAAAAAAUAAUACGAGCAGUAGAACAUUUAAGCCGACUCUAUAUAGCUUAUCAGUUUGUUUUGGCUGAAGAGACAAAGGUAUCCUCCACUGAAGUAUUAAAGGAAAUGCAGGCUAAUGUAGAGAAGCUUCGGGAAUCAAUGGCUGAAAGUGAAAAGAAGGUGAAACAACUUAAUGAAGAAAUAGCGGAGAUGGAAAAGGAAAGGGAUAAGGAAGCUGGUGGUACACUCCGUUCACUGGAAGAUGCUCUUUCAGAAAUUCAGAGAGUUCAUACUAAAGCACAAAGUGCCCUUGAUCUCAAGAAGCAAAACUUAAAAAGUGAAGAGAAUAAGUACGAAGAACUGGUAAAAAGUAUGCAGGAG